AUGGAGCAUAACCCUGUGAAGGUGCAUGCUGACAAAGGAGAACAAUCUGUUGUCAGCAAAGUAAGCGCCAAAUCGUCAAACUUGACGGUAAUGGCCUAUGUCAACGCUGCUGGGUCUCGAAUGCUGCCUGUGUUCAUAACCAAAGGUAAAACUUCACACUCCCUGCUGACAUACCGGACAGAAGAUGCACCAGAGGGUUCAGUCUGGACGUACCAGAAAAAUGGAUGGAUAUCGGAUGACAUCGAAGCAUCAGGAUUGACCACCAAUGCAAGCUUUGAGUCUGUGGCUGACAUGAGCUUUGAUAGCGCAUCUCCUCUACUCGAUAUCGCAGAUCCACAACAACUUGUAGACCUUCUGUCAUGCAGCGGACUUACAAAGGAGGAGGAGGCGAAUGUCAGCGAGACAGACAACAUUACAGUGCUCAGCAACAUUGAUGCCCUGUUCCUACUGCCCACAACCACCGAAAGACCAGUCGGCCAGUCUAAACGUGAAAUUUGCACAAGUCACAAGCUUUUGACCAGUGCAGACGUGGUGCUACAGAAGCGUUUGAAGUUGGAAAAGAAACUUAGCAAAAGAUCUCCAUCUCAGAACCUGUCAGGGACUUUGACAGGCAGUGCCAGGAAGCUGAAGGAUGGAGCAGCUGACCUCCACAAUUAUAUCCUCAAGUGGAGGGUACUAAAUACAGAAGGGGCAGACAUUGUCAAUGAAAUAGCAAACAUCAAGCUAGAGAAAAUCCUGAGCAAAAAUGAAGAAACUCCAGAGUCAGAAAUGUUGCCAGAUUCCUUGCUGCCCCUGUGUGAGAAACUAGAAACAGUUCUGGAGCGCAUGGAAAAGGUUGUUGCCCGCUUGAACACUGUGGUUGAAAUGUCCAGGGGUGUGGCUGCACUUGAGAAAUUCAACAAGCCAGAAUCAUCCUCCAUUAUUUUGUUUCAAACCUGGGAUGUUGGAAGGUUUGCUGAGGUGUUCACAGAAAUUUCAGACAAGUACAGCCAAGAAAUGAAGUUAAAACACAACGUUGCUGAGAACAUAUGUCAUGCUACAGACAGGAAUACUGUCAUGUUCUACUCGGCAUGCUGGCUGCAUCAGGUCUACGUCAAUAAUGGAGAUGACAUUCUAUUGGAGAGCGUUUUACUAGAAACUUGUCAUAAAACUUGAUCUUUCAUUUACAUUAAAAAUGUACAUUAUCAAA